UUGGCUUUAUUUGAUUUCAUAUCGAGCUACUUGACUGUGUUAUUAACUAGGGGCUUGUAGUUAAGUGAAGACAGGACGUUAUGUACAGCUGUUUUGUCUGACAAAAUGUUAAGCACUGUUAACACAGAAUUGGUGAAUUAUUAAAACUUUGUUUGAGAAAAGGAGUUUCCAAUAUUCGAGAUUAUGGAGAACCCGCCCGACUUUUACCGGAUAAUGUCUCUCCGUCUGUCCAGGGCGUUAAGCGACAUUGGCGUCAACAGGUGGAUGGUGAGGAGAAGAAGGAGAACCUUUCUCAUGAUAGAGGCGAACGAGACGAUCAAGUAUAAACUACGAGGACGUGAUGUUACCUGUUUCAAUUUCGGGAGUCAGUCAGAGGGAACAACUACACCGGGACUAAACUCCGAUAUUGACCAAUUAAUCAGCUUAAACGACGUCAACAUAAUGUCAUCCUGGUCUGAAUGGGAAGCCGGGAGGAAAAACAUGCUGAUGGUGAAGGAGGAGACGUGCUCUCCACAACAUUAUCUUCUACAGGUGAUUAGACCAGACUCACCUGAACCUGUCAUACAUUCAAGUGAUGUAUUCCAUGUAGUUGACAGUAAGGGCCGUGUACUACAUGUAAAUACAAUAUUUGGAUUUUUUACCCAACUGAUCUCAAUAAGAGAAAAUAAACUUUACUACUCCAGUGGCCCCUCGCAUAGCUGUUUUAAAAUGUAUGACAUUGUGUUCGCGUAUUGGUGCAGGUCAUUUCCGAAAGAAUGCCACGCGUGGUUUAAACGACCGAGGCCCGGCCACUGGCCGACACCGGAAGUGCUGAGAGACGUAAGGGAGUGUGGGUGUUUUCUUGUUCCUGAUGGAUACUUUGACAGCUAUUACAGACAUGUUGAAUGGAGAAUUUCUCCUAGUCUUAUUGAGAGAACACUGAUGUUUAGCAUGAAAACAGUACAGCUUAAAUGUUAUGUGGUUCUGAAGAUUCUAAAAUCACACGUCAUCAACCCCCUUUUAGAUAAUGAAGGAAAACUGACAAGUUUUCACUGCAAAACUGCACUGCUUUUCGCCGCGGAAAGGUUGCCGGCCGGAAUGUGGAGAGAAAAUCGCCUGAUGGAAUGUAUUGUGUAUUGUUUGAAAUUGUUGCUUGGUUGGACGAAAACCGGUAUGUGCCCUCACUACAUUGUAGCAGGCGUGAAUCUUUUUCAUGGAAAAUUUACAAGUCGGCAGUUAGCAAAUCUUUCUAAGAUCCUUUCAAAUAUCAUUGACACUCACUUAAUAGUGCUCGCGUACAUACAAGCAGACGACAUGGGCAACCGGAUGUUCAGCACAACUAUCAGAACUGUUCGCUACAGUGAAACGUGUUACAUAUCGACAAACACUAGUUUAUGUAGAUGGCUAAGUGUCUUUGCUCACACCAGAAUAAAUAGCUAUUUUCGGAUUAAUCUGUCUGAUUGGAAGCCUGUAUAUAUGAUUUCAUAUCUCGGCCUAUAUCUUAAAACAGUACGUACAUAUGUUCAUGGGCUGCCGUUUCCAUUAAGAGUACAAUAUUUUGACAAUAUUUUUAAACAAGUGUUGAGUGUUUUGGCAUCCACUGCUGCAUCAUGUUGCAUACGGAAUGGUAGUGUUGUUCCUAGAAAUAUACUGUGUCUGUUCGAAAGUUCCCUAGAUACGGAUGUGGCGUCAUCAAGACUGAAGUUGGCUUCUUUUCUCGUCUGUCAUAAUGAGCUUGAAAGAGCAGCGGACGUUCUGAAUGAUGUUCAACGUAGAUAUGACGACAGCGUGCAAGCCGUAUGUGCAUGUGGAAGAAUGGAACCUUUAGAUACAGAACAUCACAAACCACUGUGCACUACCAGUGUUGUUAAUAACGAUGACGUGUUAUUAACAAACAAAACGGCACUAUGUGUUCGCUACUUGAGACAGGAGGCGUUCUGUGCACCACCGAUAUUACACUACGAGAUGGUGAGGGGAUUAGGCGAAGAUAUCAAUCAUAGAGACCACACUGAACGUAUUUGGAUGAACUGGGCCGUGGUGGACUCACUGCCUUACCUCUACUACCUGCAGUAUCUGACUUUCCGUGAUCUUGGCCAGCGAGGAAGACAACGUCAAGCUGUAUUGAACUUAGAUAACUGUUUUCUUGACGCCAACCGUCGUUCCCAUCUCUACCACCCUGAGACGUGUUUCCACCUGAUAGGGCACUGCAUGGAGAUGGAGGGCCAACCGGAUAGGGCGUUACAACUGUACAGGAUAUCCGUCGAAGAAAUGCCCAGGAACAACGCGGCGCACUGGCAUAUUUACAGACUCAAUCAUGGCUACGAGAUUUAGAUUUAAACUUGAGAAAGCAUGUUUUAAUAUGUUUCAUUACUAUAUAUGCCAGUGAGUUUAUAUUAAUGAAAUAAAUCAUGUUUUCAUUUAAUGGAUAAGGUUUUGUAUGAUUAUUAAAAAUUGUAUUUUUAUUAUUAUUCUUUUUUUAUUAUUAUUCUUUUAAUUGUUAUCAUUAUUAUUAUUAUAAUUAUUAUUAUUAUUAUCAUUAUUAUUAUUAUUAUUAUUAUUAUUAUUAUUAUUAUUAUUAUUAUUAUUAUUAUAAUUAUUAUUAUUAUUAUCAUUAUUAUCAUUAUUAUUAUUAUUAUUAUUAUUAUUAUUAUUAUAAUUAUUAUUAUUAUUAUCAUUAUUAUUAUUAUUAUCAUUAUUAUUAUUAUUAUUUUUUUUUUAUUAUUAUUCUUUUAAUUGUUAUCAUUAUUAUUAUUAUAAUUAUUAUUAUUAUUAUUAUCAUUAUUAUUAUUAUUAUUAUCAUUAUUAUUAUUAUUGUUAUUAUUAUCAUAUUAGUUUGGCUUUGUCCUAAUUUUCAUAAUGAUAAGUAUGUUUGACCAAAGUAACACUGACCUGUGUCCCUUUUUCUUUGACACUUAAAGAUAAAUUUAUUUAUAUCCUUCUUUUCUUUUCUUAAUUUUUGUUCGCAAAUCAUGCACACUUGAUAGCAACCAUGGCGGUGAUACGCUUAAGCUAUUUCCACGCCAACAAAACUAGGGAUUAUUUGAUCCAUGUGUUGCCAGGAAAAAUGCUCGUUCCAUCUGCCAUUAGUUAACAGUUGAAACAGAGGCAAUUUCUUUUGAUAAAAUAGGGAUCGAAUUUAAAAGAAGCUGCGAAUAGACACAAUCAAAGUCCCGAAGUUUUGUAUUUUGAAUCUUUUAAAACAACAACUGCUCACUUCAUAGUAUAUAUUUGUAUUUUUUAUCUUGAAUAUACCUUAGAUAGGACAUGACUGGAGUAUAUAAAAGUGUACACUUUUAACGCUACCGUUAAAGCUGCACUCUCACAGAUUGACCGAUUUCACAUUUUUUCAAUUUUAUCUCAGAAUCAGCUGAUUUGGGAUCAGUGCUUUAAAUUCAGUCAUAUAAGACAACUUACAACAGAAUAAAUCUCAAUUGUUUGAAAAAAUGCCGAAAAUUACAUUUUUCUUAAAGCGUUUGAAACGCUUUAAGCCAUUAAACAUCAAUUUUCGAACGUAUCUAUUUAAAACUGCCAUCUCACAUCUUAUCACCAGUCUUAUAUCAUUGCUUUCCAGACAUUUACGCAAAAUUUGGCUUAAUCCAAGACAACAAUUUAAAAAGUUGUCAAAACGGUCCAUCUGUGAGAGUGCAGCUUUAAGACAUUGAAAAUGUAUAUAGAAACUAUGGCGGUUUGGUCCACAAUAUUGAAUAAAUAAAACGACAAUAGCCCUAUAA